AUGAUUGCAAGCUGUGCAUCUCUCUAUUUUCUGUUUCAAUUUGUUGUUUCUCAAUGCAGAAAUGAACCGUAUUUCUGCUCGUACGGCCAAACGUAUGUGGAAGCGAAUCGAAAUGAUUGCAGUCGUUUCGUUCGCUGUUUCAACGGCUCUCCGCUCUAUUAUCAAUGUCGCAAAAAAUAUGUUUUCGAUUUUUGUAUGCAGAAGUGUGUGCCAAUCAUGAAUGCUUGUGAGCCUGAAGAAGAGUGCUUUUGUGUUCAGAAUCAAAUUUGUGUCAUUCAGAGGGUGAAAGCCAAGGAUCGGAAUCAGUCCGAAAGCGAUUUCUCGUUGUACGGAAUCCCGAAAUGGACGGGUUUACCGAAAGAAAAUUUCGAUCCACCAACAAAUCGAUUGACGAAUCAAUUUUCUCAAAAUCCAGUUAGAAAUGGUUUCUUU